CAGACGCGUGCAUGACGUCAUUUCUGCGCGACCCUUAUUUCUGGCUUUGCGUUUUCCGGCUGCUCCUCUCAACUAUGCCUAAAGUGGUAUCCCGGUCCGUAGUCUGCUCCGACACUCGGGACAGGGAGGAGUAUGACGACGGCGAGAAGCCUCUCCAUGUCUACUACUGUUUGUGCGGCCAGAUGGUCCUGGUGCUGGACUGUCAGUUGGAGAAAUUGCCCAUGAGGCCCCGGGAUCGGUCCCGUGUGAUUGAUGCUGCCAAACACGCCCACAAGUUUUGUAACACAGAAGACGAGGAGACCAUGUAUCUUCGAAGGCCUGAAGGUAUUGAACGCCAAUACAGGAAGAAGUGUGCAAAGUGUGGACUGCCACUCUUCUACCAGUCCCAGCCAAAGAAUGCUCCGGUGACCUUCAUCGUGGAUGGAGCAGUAGUCAAGUUUGGCCAGGGUUUUGGGAAAACGAACAUAUAUACUCAGAAACAAGAGCCUCCUAAGAAGGUGAUGAUGACCAAACGGACCAAAGACAUGGGCAAGUUUAGCUCUGUCACUGUAUCUACUAUUGAUGAAGAGGAAGAGGAGAUUGAGGCUAGGGAGGUGGCUGACUCGUAUGCACAGAAUGCCAAGGUGAUCGAGAAGCAGCUGGAGCGCAAAGGCAUGAGCAAAAGGCGGCUGCAGGAGCUGGCUGAACUGGAAGCCAAGAAAGCAAAAAUGAAGGGAACCUUGAUUGACAAUCAGUUCAAAUGAUCAGGACCUUUCUGUGGACCCAGACUGGAGAUGGGUACUCUGAGGCUUCGAGAGUUUAUGUUUCCCAUCCAGGAAGCAAUAAACCCGGAAAUCUGACUAGAGAACUGUGCUGAAUUGCUUCUCCUGUGAGAUUUAGAAAAAAAAAAUACACAAUUGAGAACAGAUCACAAUUUCAUUUGAGCAAUCAAAUAAAAUGCAGUGUAAAGACCCUUGCACAUGGGGACGGUGGGUGGAAAGGGACUGGGAUUUCAAAAUGCAGAAUAGAUAAACAAGACUGUACUGUGUAGCACAGGGAAAUAUAUACAGGAUCUUGUGGUGGCUCACAGUGAAAGAGAAUGUGACAAUGAAUGUAUGUAUGUUCAUGUAUAACUGAAAAAUUAUGCUCUACACUGGAAUUUGACACAACAUUGUAAAAUGACUGUAACUCAAUAAAAAAAAACUGUGCUGAAAA